AUAUCUGCCUUGGUAAUGUUGUCUGAGAUGAAAGACCAUCAGAGUCUGAUGGCAGCUCUGUCUGAGAACGUGCUGAUAGUCAGGAUGUUACUGAGUGUCAUCUUUCUUCCAGGUGCUUCGGCUGGUUGUGGUGCUAUAACACCAGUCCUCUUCAGCACUACACCAAAUUUCAUGGAAGGACUGAGUGGAUCUUGUUUGCAAAUCCCAUGUAGCUUUAAUUCAACAGAUCCCAGAUAUGACAUUACUAGGCCUAUCUAUGGAGUUUGGUUGAAAGCCACCACAGCCUUUAAUGUCACCCCAAGCUCUGUUAUUUUCAAUAGCAGUAAGUCAGUCAACAUCUAUCAACUGGAAAUGAUUGGAAACCUGACAGAGAAAAACUGCACCACUCUGUUUUCUGAUUUAAACACCAGUUAUACAGACAGAUACUUCUUCAGAAUUGAGAGCGGACCGGUUAGAGCAACAGCUUGUGCUGAUCCUCUUCAGAUAACAGUUAAAGAUUCUCCUUGGAGUCCCAGCAUUAACAUCUCUGGUGGUGAUCUGAAGGAGCAUCAGUCUGUCACUAUAACCUGCUCAGCUUUGACUCCCUGUCCACACUCACCUCCUGAACUCACCUGGAAUCUCCAACAAGACUCUCACAGACAAACAGAGAAAAACACAGAUGGAACCUUUACAACUAAAAUCCAGGAGAACAUCACUCUGUCAGACACACAUGAUGGAUACAUCAGAUGUUCUGCCAGAUAUCCUGUGAAUGGAGGAAACAAGACAGCAGAGACAGCAGUGACUCUCAGUGUUUCAUAUGCUCCUAGAAACACCUCAGCAUCCAUCAGUCCAUCAGGUUUGGUGUCAGCAGGUAGCUGGGUGGAGCUGAACUGCUCCAGCAGAGCCAAGCCUCCUGCCAGCUUCACCUGGUUCUGGAACAGCAAACAUGGAACCAUUAAUGUAUCUGUGGGGCAGGUUUACAGCUUCAAUGUCACUGAGGGAGGAGAGUUUUACUGUUUGGCUACAAAUGAUCUGGGUCAUCAGACGUCAUCUGUGAUUCGUGUUAGUAUCAAAGAUAAUCAAGUGUCUGGAUUCACGGUCCAUAUUAUACUGAAGAUCCUGGGAAUUAUAAUGCUCUAUAGUACGAUUAUCCUCCUUGAGUGCUGGUUCAGAUUCUUCAAAAAACCAAAGAUGAAAACGCAAGAACCAACCUAUGUCAACAGUGAGAUGGCUAAGGAAUCGUGAGCCACAAGAAGACCAGGAAGAUGUCAAGGCUUCUCCCAGUGGGAGGAUUUCUUAUUUCUGACCAUUCAUCUGUUUUCUUUGUUCAAUUGUUGAAGUUCAUGGUCUGAAGAGGCUGGUUUCUGUCUGCAAAGGACAACAGGUUAAAGGUUGAAUACACCCUGGAUAGGUCACCAGUCCAUCACAUCACCAUACAUCUUGAUAUUUGUUUCUGCAUUUACAUGUGUAUUUAUGGAGUAAAUAGUAACACUAAUAAACGAGGCCUAAAAAUGCUCAAAUUAAAAAGGUUUUUGAAGUGAAGCAGAAAUUCAGCUGAAUGUAAAAUUGUUCUCUCUGAACGGUAGAAGGUGAUCAGUUUUAAGUGCUGGCUUUGUACUUAUUUUUGCUACUAAUGAGUGUAAUUUUUAUUGGAUUUAAAAAAAUGUACACUAGAUAUUUCAGCAGACAGCAAAAGGCAGAAAAUGUAAAGCAUAAAUGUUUACCAGUCUUGUAUUCUUUAUAUUCCAGUUGUUUAAAUGAAUAAAUGUGAUAUCAUGAAA